AGGAAAAAUGGAACUUGACGUCGUGCAGUGGUGUGUUAUAAGUUUGCUGUUGCUUCUACCAAUUCUGUACGAAGUCAGCAGCUACUUUAAAUACCAGGCGAAGUUCAUUUUCUACUAUGCAAUUAUCAUGGUGUCAGCUGUGAUAAUGAUACCGAUAUUUAUGUUCAGACCUGGAAAUGUCGAAAACCAGAAAAUCAUAUCAAGUUAUUUCCGAAGUGUACUGAAAGUGUUUGGGAUCACUAUGGAAGUGAGAGGCAAGGAAAACCUUAAGUCAGAGAAGUCGUGUAUUUUAGUCUGUAAUCAUCAAAGCUCACUGGAUUUGCUAGGCAUGAUGGAAAUCUGGCCAGAUCGCUGUACAAGUUUGGCCAAAAUGGAACUGAAAUAUGCCGGCCCGUUUGGCCUGGCGGCUUGGCUGGCAGGCACGGUCUUUAUCGACAGACUUAACAGAGAAAGGGCUAAAGACACCAUGGACAAGACAGUUAAACUUCUCAAGGAAAAAAAUAUAAAACUGUGGGUAUUUCCAGAAGGAACACGCAACCAUGGCGGCGCCAUGCUGCCCUUUAAGAAAGGUGCUUUUCAUUUAGCAGUUCAGGCCCAGGUUCCUGUAGUCCCAAUUGUGUUCUCAUCGUACUCUGAAUUUUACAGCAAAAGAGAGCAUCGAUUUGGCACAGGAAAAUUCAUCAUUACUGUCUUACCUCCCCUUUCUACACAAGGACUCCAAGAGGGAGAUGUCAUUGAAUUAACAGAGAGAAUUCGAUCUCAAAUGCUGUCUGUCUUCAACCAAAGUUCACUAGAAACCACACAAGUGAAACUAACCAAUGGCAUAAGGAACUAGUGCUUUGAAAACUGUUCAUUGGAUGGUGAUCCGACAGCAGUGAGAGCUGGAAGACGUUUUGACCCUUCAGGACGAUGACAGUGACAUGAAAGAAAAAAAAACCUCCACACAACAGAAGCCAUUUUGGUUUUUUGUUGUUUUGAAACAAGACUUGUGUGUAUAUACAUGUACAUUGUAAUUAUAAAACUUAUAAAGUGAUGUCUGGUUCCAACAGUGUAUAAUUUUGAGAAUCAAUGAGAAAUCUAUAAAGCUAUUGGCUGUUUCUAGUAUAUUAGAUCUGUUACGGUCAAUGCGUAUAAAGCUGGCUAUAUAGCAUCUGUGAUAGUUGUGCUGUUCACUUGCUGUACAGCAGGCAUGCUGUUUUUUUCCUCCUUUUUCUAACCAGCAGGUAUGCUAAGUAGGAGAUAAACUAUUAAACGUUUUACCUGCUACAUGUAUGAAUGAACGGAUGAAACCUUAUAUUUGUUUUACUGUUUAUUGUUUUGCUGUUUUUUUUUUUGGUUUUUUUUUUUGCUACAUGGCAGAUGAUUGUGUUCUGCUGUUUUCUAUCCGAGUAGCUUACUAGCAGACAUACAUAUCUUGUUGAUAAAUAAACAGGAUUUUGGGACUUGUUCAUUUGCAGCAAUGGCACUGUUUUAUUUCUUAUUUGUUUUUUGUUUUUGAUGGUUAUGUCACAUUAGAAAAUAUUUUUUCUUUAUUAUUUUCUUCCUUGCUGUGCUGCUAAUGUGCAAAUUGGUGAAUAGGUUUGUUUUGCUGUUUAAAUACCAAAUUCCAAAUUAAUGCCCUUUUUGUUGUUGAGUGUAAAAUGAAAUAGUAAGCUUUUUUCAUUGAUUUUGUAGAUAAGAGAUUGUGUUUUAGGACCUCAUGAUUUUUUGAUUUGAUUUUAGGUAGGAAUUACCCAUUUUCUUCUUAUUUGUUUUAUUUUUUGUUGUGGAUCAUGUUGGAUGUGUCAAAGGAAUGGGCACAUCCAGGCAAAGCUUUGGAUAAACUGAAUUUUAGGUCCAGUACAUGUAUUCAAGCGUGGUCUUACUCCUCUGUCAGCCAGUCAACAGUAGUUACGUGCUCCUUUAAGGUUAACUUACUGGUUACUCAUUGGCUGACUGUGGAUAUAGGAUCCAGCAGGUUAAAGCAGCUGUAUUGACUAGAUUUUGACUGCACAAACCUCUCACUGCGCAAUAUCCAGGCUUAUUAUCUUGCAUCACAGCAAGCAGUGAACAUUUUGCAUCCUUUCUGAUCUGUAAUAAACAUUUGAAUAUUCAUUUUGUUUAUCCUGACGUAUACGGGAUUGUAAUUUGGGAGCUUUUCAGUAAAGCUUUCCAGUAUUGUUAAAAAUAUGUUCAUUGAGUGUACUGUAUUUUAGCAAUCUUUUCUCAAGCUGCGGACAGUGAAACUUCCAGAGAAGUCAGUGUUAAAUCCAAGGUUUGCAAAUGGGGAGGUUAGGGUAACCCUUUGAUACCAGUUAGAUUUAGGGGCCUACACUGCAUGUCUAUAGCCUUGUCAGCAUUGUCCAUACCCAUAAGUGCUCGGUGGUGUGAAAAUAAGUUAAUCCCCCUGCGCUUUUAUGUUCUGAUAGCUCGGGACAAAUGUGGUAGAGUUAUGAGGUAUUGCAGCAAAAUGUACUGGUCUCGGCACUUUGCGAAAAGAUGGCAGAAUCACUGUAACUCUACUAAUGCUCCAUAAAAGGCCCCUACUUUAAAGGUGUUUUUGGAGAUUUUUUUGGAAUUUUUUUUAUUAUUUUUUUUCUCUAAAUGUCAAUUUUCUAAAAAAAUCCAAAUCUUUUUCUUUUAGCCAGAAUGAAAUAUGAAAAUUCCCAACCGACCUGCACUAAUCUUGAUAUAUUGGGUCAAAUUUUUUAGAGGAUCUUUUUUUCUUUUUGGGGGGCGGCUUUCUUUUGGCCAUGCUCUUUUCUUUUUUGCUAAACCAAAAUUCGGGAUUUGUUUGGCUUUGUAUAUUUAAUUAUUCUAAUAUCAUUUACCAGUAUACUGAAAUGUGAAUAUAGAUCAGACCAUAUUCAAUCCAGAGGUCAAGAAAUGUUUUAUUUUAUGCCUUAACCUUUAGGAAGGUAUUAAUGUGGGUGCUUUUUACUUUGCAUUGGUCAAAUUUGAGUUUAAUAUGGACACUGUUUAGGAUUUACGUUUAUGCAAUGGCGGGGAAAACGUCUGCUCCACAGGUCUUUUUAAUUAUUCAUUUAUUUAAAGCGCACGCUAAUAAAUUGAAGUUUUUCAGGAAAACUUUUGUGUUUAGUUUGCAGAAAAUGCAUGCUGAAGUGUGUGUUUUUUAAAAUCAAAUCUUUGUUGCCCACAAUAGAAA